AUGGCAACCCGUGAAGACUGGGAUGAAAUUCGAUAUGCUCGCCGUGAGGACGAGGACGACGAUAACGAGGAGAACCACAACGAGAACUAUGACGAUUACUACAACGCCAUCCAUAACGACAACAACUAUCAUGACGCCUACGAAACAGCUAUAGAUGACCUAGACCGCCAGUACGAGCACGAACAGUACUAUGAAGCUCAACAAAGGGCAAAGGAGCUCUAUGGAGAAUACUCGGAUGACGAACCUGAUGAGGAGGAUCUGGAUGCUCUUCAUGCUCAUGCCGAUCUGCAGGAAAGAGCAAGAGCAGCUGCUUGCGAUGUUGCCGCACAGAGAUAUACCUGGCACGGGCGUUGGGACGAAGAGGAUCAUGAGGGCCAUGAGCAGCAAGCAGACGGGUGGGCGAACAAAGCAAGGCAUAUUUGGGAAGACAGAGAUCUUCGGACUCUAGAGGAAGAGCAUGAUCGAAUUGACAGACAGCAUGCUUUCGGGCGUGGCAUGCUGGCAGGCUAUCAGCAUGACGACCAGCAAGAUAGGGAAAACGAGGAGAAUAGCCUUGAUUCGGACGAUGACACGUUGGGCAUGGACAUGUUUGACCGUGGUUCUUAG